GUCGUUAAAUAUCAGUACAUAAUAUUUAAUUUAAGUUUUGUGAUUUUAAUUAUCCUUAAAUUUGUGAAUUAGUGAAGAAGUUUGUGUGUUUGCUUAAACAUGGAAAGAUACUUUAAAACAAUACCAAAACCAAAGCGAAAAAUCGAUUGCACUGUUACAAGUGUUACAAGUAAUAUGGCAACUAAUGAAAAUUCUGAUAAUAAUGUUAGGGAGAAAGAGAAUUUUAACAAUUCAUUGAAUUUAGUCACAUCAAAUCUUGUUGAUUUAGAUCAACUAGCAUACGAAACAACAUCUGAAAGUGGUGGCUGUUGUGAAGAUGAAAUGUAUUCUGAUUGUGAAGCUGAAGUAGUCAUUUUCAAAGAAAUACCAACGAAGAAAAAGAAGGCAAAUCCCACAAACAGAUAUUGUCGAAAGGAAUGGACUACAGAAUUCCCUUGGCUUGUGAUUAGUGAUAAACGUGAUGCAAUUUUUUGCAAGUAUUGCCAUGUACCCUUAACUAAAAAUCGUGCUCAUCUCAGAAGACAUGAGGAACGAACUAGUCAUCAAGAACGAUUAAGGCAAGCCAAGGCCAUUGUUGAUAUAUCUAAUUACCUCACGGAAAAUUCAAAAAAAGAAUUAUUGUCACUGAAAGUUAAGCGGGCAGAAUACAAGUUGGCUAUGUCAGUGGUGGAACAUAAUUUGCCAUUUUUAUAUAUGGAUCAUUUACCAGAUUUACUUAAAAGUAUAGCUCCAGACUCUGAAAUACUAAAGCUUUUAAAUUGUGCGAGGACAAAAACAACGUCUAUGGUAAAAGUUAUGGCAGUUGAAAGUCAAGCAAAUUUAGCACAUAUUCUAACGAAAACCAAAUUUUCCAUCAUAGUUGAUGAAACCACCGACAUAUCUGUGACCAAAUGCUUGGCAAUAUUGGUAAGAUAUGUAAGUACUGAAUCAAAUGAAGUAAAAGAUCGACUGUUGUCUCUUAUCGAGGUUAAUGAUUUAUCAGCAGCAGGUAUUGUCACUGCAAUACUACAGGUUAUCGAUGAUUUAAAAAUACCCAGAAAUAAUAUAAUUGGAUUUGCGGCAGACAAUGCUGCCGUGAUGAUGGGUAAUUUUAACGGUGUUCAAGCUAAACUGAAAGAAUUGUUACCAAAUAUUUUUGUCAUUGGAUGCAUCUGCCAUUCAUUGGCUUUGUGUGCCUCUAGUGCCGCUAAUAAGUUACCUAAAGAAAUUGAAGAUUUUGUUCGCAACUUAUACAACUAUUUAAAUGGGAGUGCUAAAAGGCUGAAGGAUUUUAAACAAUUUCAAGAUUUUGUAAAUAUAAAACCACAUAAACUACUAAGAUUGAGUCAAACAAGAUGGCUUUCUUUAGAGGCUGUGGUGUUACGAAUUUUAGAACAAUGGCCAGCAUUAAGACUGUAUUUCCAAAGUGCAGUCUUGGAAGACAAUUUAGUAGCAGCAGAACAAAUCUUAUAUGGGUUGGAAAACUGUAUUUUUAAGUUAUAUCUAACUUUUCUAUCAUAUAUACUUCCCAUGAUCAAUAAGAUCAAUAAAGAAUUUCAAAGUGAAAAAUCAAAAUUACAUGUAAUUUAUGACAGAAUUUCCAGUUUAUAUCGAACAAUUUUGAAAAAUUACAUGCAGAAAUCUUAUGUUGAUCAAGACGGGGUAAAAGAGGAUAAAAUUCAUCUUCUAGAUUUAAAUCCCAUGAAUGUAAGGAUGUAUUUGUCCAAUGAAGAUUUGUACCUAGGGGAAGACUGUGCUCUUCUUCUUGUUGAUUUUAGCCCAAACACUGAACUUUACCAGUUUAAAAAUCACUGUCUUUCUUACUACAUUGAAUUAUGUUGCCAAAUUAGAAAUCGUUUCCAAAAUCUGAAACAGUACGAAUUUUUUGGUCUGAUAAACCCAAAAAAAUUAUGUGAAAAUACUGUAUCGAUAACGCCACUAUUACGACAAUUUAUUCAUUUAAGUGACAACAAUGUUAUGGCAAUUGGGUCAGAAGCCCGCCUGAUUUCUAGUUUACCUGAAAAUUUAAAAAUCAAAUUAGUGGACUUGCACUUCCAAGAUUUUUGGUUUGAAUUGUAUUCAAUGAAGAAUUCCGAUGACGAAAAAGUAUUUCACAAUCUUUGCUACUUUGUUUUUAAUAUUAUCAGUUUACCUCAUUCAUCUGCAGCGGCAGAGAGAAUAUUUUCUACCUUAAAUUUAGUUAAAACUAAAACCAGAAAUCGUCUUCUUCCAGAGACAUGUAAUGCUAUAUUACUAUCAAAAGAGUUAAUUAAUUCUACGAAUACUGAUUGUCGGAAUUGGGAUCCUGAUAAAACUUUAUUAGGAAAGAAGUUAUUACUCUGAGUUUUAUUAUAUUAAUUAUAUAAAUCACAUACAUACUAUAAUAUCCUAGAGGGAUGGGUGCAAUGUUUAUCCCUUCUGCCCUGUAAAUUUUAAAGAAUGUUAUUUUAUGUUACUAUUUUA